UUUCUCUCGAGGUCUCCAGUGCGCAUCAGCGAAAUCAGUGGCCGGAUUGCUUUUGCAGAGGAAAUACGCCUUCCAAGCAGGAGAACAACCAAUCAGCCGUGGAGAACCAAAGAUAAACAAGCCUUAUGAUUAGACAAAACUCUCAGGUCUACCCAGGCUGUGUGCAGCCCUAGUGAACUAUCAUGCUGGCCUGUAUCCAGAGACGACAGAACCUCUCGUCGCAGCGUUUGGCCUGCACACCCAAAAGCCUUGAUGUUCCACCACCGCCAUUACUGCUGCCGGUACCAUCACUGCAGCCAUGCACCCGCAAAGGCGAGCCGGCCUCCAUGAUUUCUCGGUACCCGUCUCCUGCAGAGUUGGACGCUUUUGCCCAGAAAACCGCCAACAGCCCGCUGUCCAUCAAAAUCUUUCCGUCAGAUGUCCGGGUGCCGCAACACAAACAGCUCAACAAAACAGUCAAUGGCUUGGAUACGACGGGCCAACGCUACAGCCCCUAUUCACACCCGUACUCAGGAGGCUACCAGGGCUUGCUGGCCAUCGUCAAAGCCUCCGUGGUGGUGAAAGGUGUGGUGAAAACCUCAGAGGGCAGGAGGACUAAACAUGCAAACAGCCAGACUUCUGUGGCACCGUAUAAUAAUCCUCUGAAUAAUGGCUACACAGUCAGACAUGGGCAUAAGGCCUAUCGUAUAAGCUCAUGUAAGCCCCCUGAUGUACCCAUUGAGACACUUUGUUCUAGCGCAGGGAUAGCCUCCGGAGAUCAGAGCCUGGCCCCCCAGUCUGAGCUGGCAGAGGUUCAAAGCCUGAUGAGGCAGAUGAGCAGAGUUCCCCACAGCCAGGCCCUGCAGCUGGGGGGAGAGGCCCGAUCCAGCCCCUCCCUGCAGGCUGUGGCUGCCGUGGCACAUUCAGACUCAGACUUUGUCCUGGGAGUGCCGCCCCAAAGCAGUCUGCCUUUCGCGGGGGCAGUGCUGCCGACACAGAGCGCAGACAUAGCCAAAGCUGGAUACAUGGAGAAGAGAGACUACACAGUGUGGCAGCACAAAGCUCAAAUGCAGCAGCAGCAGCAGCAGCCCUAUCAGCAGGGAGCAGUGAGGAUGUACAGCAUGAGUAACGGCGCUCAGGGGCACAGAGCAGCGGAGGCCGGCGUUGGCCAGUCUCCUGAAAGCUGCAUCCCUUUGGCGUGCUCCUCUCAGCUGCCGUACAGGCCGCAUCCUGGCAGCGUGGGGCAGGAGCGGGGCAGCGGCUCCUCUCUGAACUGCGGCGCCAUGCAGGGGGAGCUCUCUGUGGGACAGUACUACGCCCCUCUCUGGGACGACACUCCCAACGCUGACUGUUUCACCUCUCAGGUGCUGGCAACGGGUACAUGUGCAGCCAGGCCUAGAGACUUGGGGCUCUCCCAUCCCCACCUCCACCCAAACCGCCACCACCAUCCUCAGCACCACCAGCCACAGCUCCACCCUCCUCCUCUUGCUCAUACCCAGGCCUACAGCACAGACCAAAACCUCUGUUGUGGGCUGCCUACUUCUAGCCUGUGCCACGCUGCAGUACUUAGCAGCAGCCUGCAGUCUCUGGAGUGCCUCAUCAGUGAGAUCCACCCUCCCUGCAUCAAAGAGCGUAUGCUGGGCCGUGGGUACGAAGCCAUGGGGAUGCCUCAGCUGCUGGAGCACCAACAACACAUCCAGCUCCCCGUCUACAGAUAAGACAGGGUGCAGCCACACGACGGCGACGCAGGCGUGACAAAACCUUUUAUAGACGACGGAAGUGUCAGUUCAGACGUGUGAGGAAGAGACAUGCCUUUUUUUAGUUUGUGCAUGUACUGUAUUUGUAGAAGGCUUAGCGUUAUAAGCCCAAAAAGGUAACUGAUAAUCAAGAUACAGGUUUAUCCUAUGGACUUUUUCAUGUUUUAUUUUUAUAUCCUAAAUGGCCAUCAAACAUUUAAUACGGACGCUGAGCACCUAAUCACAAUUCCAUCCUAACAUCCACUGUAUGAUUUGCAGGCGAUUGCUCUGUAGGCCUUUACAACAACAACGGAAACACACUGAACCGAUAUAAUCAUGAAUAUCCCUCUGAAAAAACACAUGUACUUGAAUCUGGGAAGGAUCUCUGGUAACAGUUUUUGUGAAUAUACUGUAUAUUUUUACAUAAAAUUUGCUUCUUAUUGGUGAGGGAACAUUCUUCCACUAUUACCUGAGCUUUCAAUUGUUGACCGCUUUGUUGUGGAUUUUUAUGAGUUUUUUUUUUCCACUUUUCACUGACUGUUCUGUUAUUAAUCAGUGCAACAGCCUGGAAUAUUUUGGAUCAUUUGCAUAUAAAUGUGAAUAUUUUUCUUAUACGGUCACAGAUUAUGUAAUUUAACACAUUAAUUGAUUUAAUGCUCAGCUCAAUGUAUUAGGACUGUUGCAUAUCCAAAUCAACACUGUGGCAUUCAGGCCAAGAAACACGUGCCCUUUGGUUGUGUUUUUAACAUUUAUAAACUUUAAGAGGUUGUGUGAAGAUUUUUUUUGUUCUUGAAUGAAAUAAGGGGUUUUCCUCUGGAAGGCUGUGACACUGUUUCACAGCGCUGUAUGUAAAAUGGAGUGCCAUGUUGAAAAGCAGGCCACCUGAAUCAUUUACAGUGUCUUCUUUGUAGGGCUAUAUUAUCUCCGAUGGUUUGAGAUGUAUGACUGAGUAGCUCUUUGUGUGUCUGCACUGGUUCUGUAAUACUAUUUAUUUAUGUCGGCCUGUUGACUUAUAUGGCAAACUGUCUAUAAUUAUAAAGUGCAAUUAUUAUAUAUGAA